AUGGCGGCGCCCAGGGCGGGUGGAAUCCAGCUCCAGGCUCAAUCUCAGUCCCUUCCCUCUCCUUCUCAGUUCCUGCGCCUGGUGGCCCAAGAACGGGGCAUCCAUAGCAUGCGGGAGUCCGUGACCCCAGGCAGCCGGGAGAAGAGGAGGACGCUGUUACAGUUCCUCACAGACCACUUCCAAGACGUCCAGACUCUGAGAGAGUACUGGCUCCAGAAACAGAUAUUAAAAGUGAACCAGGAGAAUCGACACUUCACCGCCAUCCAGAACAAAUACGGCCCAUAUGUCGCAGGUGCUCUCUUCGUCCUGAAGCAAGGGGGCGCCGUGAAGUUUCAGGACCAGGAGUGGAUCCGGCCGAAUGAGCGUGGCCAUUUUCUUGCCGAGCUCCCGAAGUUCCAGGACGUCUCUGUGGAGGCCGUGGAUGCCAGCGGCUGUGCCAUCAACUACCAGGGCAUGAGUAACCUCUUGCCCCUGAAAGAGCUGCGCUACCUGUCACUGCAGCGCUGCCCCUACGUGGAUGACUGGUGCCUCAGCCGCCUCUACGUACUGGCUGGCUCACUGCAGGAGCUCUCGCUGGCCGGGUGCCCUCAGGUCUCAGAACGGGGCCUUGCCUGCCUCCACCACCUCCAGAACCUCCGCAGGCUGGACAUCUCAGACCUCCCUGCCGUGUCCCACCCAGGCCUCACUCAGAUACUGGUGGAAGAGAUGUUGCCCCAUUGUGAGGUCCUUGGAGCUGACUGGGCCCAGAAUCUGAAGGCGGGGCCAGACCAGCAGCCCCAGAACACAUCUAGCCCCCUCUCUUCCUAG